ACAGUAUGGCGUUGUUAGUCAAGCGAUUUCGACAGUCAUCCGUCUUCACCUUCGUCAGGCGAAGAUCAUUUUCCACCGUUGUAGAGCCUGAUAUUCCUCUAGCGCCUCUAGAAGAAGCAGUUAGGAGGAUUGCUGCUGGGCCUGCUGAAGCAAGGCCAGACCAUUACAAACUAGCGUACCAGUGGGCACAGUCCUUAUAUUGGGGGGAAAAAAGUUUUCCUUUCAAGACCAUCCCACGUAGAUUGGGAUGGUUUACACAUGGAUUAUGGCCCCACACAGCCAACGAUGAUCUAUUCUGUAGCAAGAACCCACAACCCCUCAUGACAGAGAAGGAUAUAAAGGACAUAAUGGACAUUCUAGGAACCAAGCUGAUCCGUCAUCUUUUUGACCUUUGGCCAGACCUAAAAGACUGUGAUAAUCUUCAUGCAUGUUUCGAAUUUUGUGUCCAACAGUGGAAUAAACAUGGCAGCCACACAGGAUUUACCUUUGAGGAGUAUGUAGGGCUUACCUUGCAGCUCACCAUUGAGCUCAUUGACGCACACCCAGAUGGUCCCAAUUCACGUUUUGGAGUACAGAUGGAUACUCCCAUGACGAUAGCCGCAGUAUAUGCCUCUCUGUCUAUUCCAUUCAAGAAUUGGAGGUUGGGGAGCGUUUUCCAAGGGUCCUACUCUGAGGUGGAAGUUCACGGGAAGGUAGGGACAAAGAAUGACGACAACGUGGCAGAGUUAAGAGUCUGGAUAGACUCAUUGUUCGCAACAACCAUUAAGUCGAGUGUUAGAUUCUCGGGAAGCAGUAAAAGCAAAAGACCGGUUAUGGCCCAAAUACCUUCGACUUAUCCAUCCAAGGGCUCCGAGAAGUUAUCCAAAUCAUGGAACAACAUGUACCUUGGGGCAUACUCAGCUGUAAUUGACAACAGCAAUAUCCCCGACCUUUCUCCAGACGAAAUUGUUGAUCGAAAUUACAUAUUUACUGCUCGUGUAUUUGUCUUGGAAGUUAUCAGUUGGAUGUCAAGAGAUAUCUUUAGUAAUUUUAAUUAUUUUUCAUGCGUAGCGUGUGAUGGACGAAUUGAUCUUCAGGCCGUCAAACUGCUUGCAUUGUAUUUUUCGAGCACACCAAACAAGGAAAUGGCAAUUUCGAGAAUCUUUGAAUGGCAAGGAGAUCCAUCCAAAAGAGACAACCCCACCUUUCAUUUGAUUGCAGGGAUAAUAUUCUUGAAUGAGCGGAAUUACAAUGAGGCGUUGAAGUUUACAGGAACUGGGGCAUCAAUGGAACUGAAUCAUAUCAUUGGGAUCCACAGAAUAUGCUACAAAAGCUGUAAAUCAGAUUACAUCUCAUAGGAGAAAAAUAUUACACAGACGGCAGUCAAGCAUUGAAACUAAACGAAAUAAAAAUUCCUAUAUCCUCAAUACAAAAAACCCAUCAAAUAAAAUUGGAAUCAAUAUCUGAAAUAGAGCAUAAAACCUAACCCUAAAUCACUGUCACAAUGAAAUUGAAAGAGGACUUGUACAAUAUAAAUUGGGUUUGUUGAAGUAUGUAGACGUAAACUAGAAAUUGAGGGGCACGUCGGAAAAAAAAAUAAUGUACGCCCGACAGAAUUUGCGUAAUUGGUUUGUAAGGGGAAGGAAUAAGAAAAACAAUCGCCCUUACUUGAAAUCAAAACUAUCGAGUAUGAUAACCUUGCCCCAGGUCUGCUGAGAUCGCCCCAGGUUAGUCGAGAUCGCGGUGGCACCGAUAAAAGGCAAAGAUCGCCACUUCACUACGAUUGUUUCUUCUCGUCGCCGGGUUGAAAGGAGUGAAAGAAGAGAGGGUAGACGAGACAAUGAUUUAGGCUAUGUUUGGUAGACCAAUAAGCUAGCUUAUAGCUUAUUUGGUUAGCUUAUAAGCUCCCUGUUUUCAAAUAAACUCCGUUUGGUAGGACGAGCUU